AACUUUAUAAAAUUGCAAAGUUGAAAAUUUAUUAACAAAAAUCAACGAAUGACGCCUACUAUGUUCGUCAAGGUACAAUCACACGUUAUAUCGCCACGCGUUAUACCAUGCACUCGUCAUUUAUUUAAUCACGAUUCAGUUUUACUUUAUCUUGCUCGUGGCUACUCGUGGCCAUUGCUGCCUGUGACGACAUUGCCCGAAGACUCGUAGUCGAGAGUGGGGGUAAUGACGUCGUAGCUCUCGCUCGCUCCAUUCACUGACCGGCCGUCGCCGCGAGUAGUCGUUAUUCUGUCCUGCUUUCUUCUGAACAUCGAUACCGUUCCAGGAUCUAACGGAAUAUCCCGGAAGCGUGCUUCAGCCUUUACUAUUUCUUUGUGUUCAAACUUUUUCAUACGAUUUUUUAUCAGAGAUCAUUGUUGUUCUUAGUAGAAAGAUCAAUUUCAAUCGACGCUUUUUAAUCAGAGCCUGGAAUGUAUUUGUGAAAGCUACUUACUCUUGGUCUGUCUUUCUUACUCCCGUGUCUUUGCGUUGUGUGUGCGCUCGCGUUCGCGUGUAUGAUUUGUGUACAUAAUAGUAUUUGUACGGAUUCGAGAAGGUCUUUGGACGCGAAAGGAUACGAUCGAUUACGAUUCGUGGAAGGAGAUAUGACCGUCGCCGGAAAGAAAUACGUGGACUGUACCAUCUUGGAAACUGAAAGCAUCAUUGACGCAGAAGACUCUUCUUACGAUAGCGAUUACGAAACUGAGGAUCCAAUCGGAUCCACCAACGUCCAUUCACAAGUGGAAUUACAGGCGACUACUCCAAAUCAUUCAGAUGUGUCCAGGACCGCCUCAGAUACCUUGGCUGCAGAAUUUGCAGAAUAUGUCACCGUUCAAGGAAGUCCUCCUAAUCAGAGUCCAGGGUACACGGCUAGAGUAGAGUUUGCUCUGAAACUUGGUUAUACCGAACGUUUAGUUCAAACGGCAUUACAAAAAUUGGGCCCAGAUCCAGAACAAAAUGAACUUUUGGCAGAAUUGAUCAAACUCGGAGCUAGUUGUUCCCAAAAGUCGAUCGACGCACCGGAAGAGUCUGAUAGCGUUCUAGACAAUGAUUUAGUUACUAAUGAAAGUAGUGGAUGCUCCAGCAGGCUUAGGCCUGUUGUGAUCGACGGAAGUAACGUAGCAAUGAGUCAUGGAAACAAAGAAAUAUUUUCCUGCAGAGGGAUCAAGAUUUGUGUAAAUUGGUUUAAAGCUAGAGGACAUAAAGAGAUUACCGUGUUCGUGCCAAAGUGGAGGAAGGAAGCUUCCCGAAUUGAUAAUCCAAUCGCUGAUCAAGAGAUUCUCGGUGAAUUGGAAAGAGAUCGUUUAUUGGUUUUUACUCCAUCUAGAUUAAUAGGUGGUAAGAGAAUGGUUUGUUACGAUGAUCGUUAUAUUUUGAGAUUAGCUGCAGAAAUUGAUGGCAUUGUUGUCAGCAAUGAUAAUUAUAGAGACUUGGCACAGGAAAGUCCAGAAUUUCGGAAAGUUAUAGAAGAAAGGAUUUUGAUGUAUACUUUUGUAAAUGACCGGUUUAUGCCACCAGAUGAUCCAUUAGGUAGAAGUGGCCCUACUUUAGAAAAUUUUUUAAGAAUUUCUCCGAGAAAAUCUGAUCCAGCCCCUCCUUGUCCAUAUGCAAAGAAAUGCACUUACGGAAAUAAAUGUAAGUUUCGGCACCCGGAAAGAGGUCCUCAUCCUCAAAAAUCAGUUACAGAAAAAUUAGUAGAACACGUGCAAAAGCAUCUUCAAGCGAAAGAUCCAAGUCCAAGUCUUCUUUUGCCAACUAAUAUAUCGCCCAAUGUAUCUCAACAUCAGCCAUUGUGUAAAACUAGAUCAGCAGUAACUACCAGCGUCCAACGAUUACCUUCAGUUAUAAAAAGUAAAUCCGUAGAAAAUGUUGCUAUUGAGCAUCCAACAAAUUCUGGAGUGCAAGGAACACAAACAACUCCUACCAUAAGUUCUCAAGGUAGAGAUAAAAAUGUAUACAGUGGUGGAAUUAAAAGAAAAAUUACAAUAGAACUACGUUAUCAUCCCUCCUGUUGGUCAGCAGGAAUGAAUAAAUCAGGAUUGAAUAAAUCAGACGGAGAACCUCCAAAUAUGCACAGAAAACUUCAGAGACAAUUAACUUUGAAUCCAGUUUACGAUCCUCGCCUUCGUCGAUCGAGUCAAUACCAACAAGCAUCAUCAAUGAACUCGUUACCACCACAAUCUUCCAGAGUACAACAUAGACCUUUAACUAGACAUUCUAGCAACGAGUCACCUUAUAGAGUUGACAUGAACUGGGAUCAUUUCGAAGGAAGACAGGGACAUCAACAUGUAACGCGUAUUGCUUCGGCACCAGAGUCUUAUCAAGCUUGGUUACCAAAUAAUUCAAAUAUGGCUUCGCCUUCGCCGUCAAAUCAACAACUAGCUGCUUCAGACAGACAGUUAAAUGUUUCUGUACAUCCAUUGUACGCAGCUAUGCCUUCAGAGAUGUUAAGAGAACUUCUUGACAUCAGAUCACAGAUACUUCAUCAUUUAGUAACUGUUUUUCCUGAAGAACAUGUGAGGACUGCUAUGUUAAUGCAUCCAUUUGAAACAGAUGCAAUAGAAAUUUGUAUUGCAAUUUUAAAGAUGUAUCCUCAAUAACAGAAUAAGAAGCAUUCUUUUUUCAUUUAUUUAAUUUGUAUUUAUUAUAUAAAGAUAACAAAAUGUAAUGAUGAGAUUAAAAUUAGAAAAGUAUUGUGAUACCCAUUAAAGUUUU